AGCGCGAGUGAACGCCGCGCUGCGGUCGAAGAUGCGUCGCUCGGCUUAGCGCUUCCUCCUCAACGGCAAUUCGCCCGCUGCGACGAUGAGACGACUGAAGGAGCAACGGUCGUGCUCGGAGGCUGCGAUAGGGCAGCGGCCCCGCUGGCGCUGUGCUCUGGCGGCGUCGACAUCGCCGCGAGUCUCAUGAGCGGAUUUGAGCUCGUGCUUUAAAAAAAAAAAGUGCUUCGGUAUAUAUCUGACAAUCGCGCACGAUUCGCGCCGGAUACGUCACAUGGCAGACGCGAGGUGGCACGUGAGGAGGUUCGGGACUGUGCAGCUGCCUUGACCCCAUUUUCUCCAGCGAGGAGAUACAGACGCAGUGCCUGCAAACCUUGCCGGGCGAUGAAGUGCCAUCCGUGUGCUCUCUUCCUGUUCAUGCUGCUAUCGCUGCCAGGUUUCUGCCGUGCGGUGACCAUACGACGCCUCAUCGUACCGCGCUGGGUGCGCAACGGGACCGACACGCCUGCCGUGCUAGACUGUGAAUACGUCUACAACGAGAACGACCUGAAGCUGGUGGUGAAGUGGUUCUUCAACGACGGACCCGAGCCGGUGUACCAGUGGAUACCCGAGAUGCGUGUCCGCGAGGCGUUCGGCGUUCUACAGGGACGCCUGGACGACACGUUUUCCGUCAGCUCGCGCGACGUGUACUCACAGUACCGUGCCAUCCGCAUCCUGAGGCCCACCUGGGAGCUGAGCGGCAAGUACACCUGCGUGGUGACUUCGCUCGCGGGCCAGGACGCCAGGCACCAGGACAUGACCGUCUUCGUGCCUGCCAAGUCAUUCACCUUCAACUACAGCAGCUCGACGGCAGCCUUGGAAGAACAGUACCGAUCACGCUCUGCGGAAAGUGCCGUGAGACUGCUGUGCAUGGCUCGGGGCACGUACCCAAGGCCAGAACUCAAGCUUUUCCUGAUCAAGGGAGGAGCCAGGAGGGCAGCAGGUGACGCGGGUCUCCGAACUUACGCUACGGCUACAAUAGAGGACGGGCUCUUCAACGUAGCUCUUCACGCCGACAUGAAUGAAGGCCAGCUAUCCACGUUGGCCGAUCUCUUCGAGUGCGUGUUGGAAAUCCCGUACAGCAGUUAUGUGACGACGCGAAGGAUGAGCCUCGCGCAUGAACUGACCUGGGGUGCUUAUGGCUCUUCUGCCGCCUCCUCCGUGCCGAUCCUGUCAUUUUAUUCCAUUGCACUGAGCUUAAGCAUCUAUAUUGUUACUACGUUACAGAGCAAUGGUGGCUAUGAUGGAAGGCGCCACAUAUUCAAAAGCUUCCCGAAGAAACAAGAGGACACGUAGCGCUGCUACGAAAGGACGGUCCGUGGUUUUGUGGCUGUUUUAGCGAAGUUAACUGCGCGACUCGUGAACGUGGUGCCUGUUUCAUCAGAACCAAAUCGUUCCCAGAGUGGUGUGACAAUGCGUGGAGGCGUCUAACUGUGUAAACAACGCACAUGAACGCCGUUGUACGCCUGGGAUGCAGCAACGACAGCGUGUCGGCGCUUUCAGUGGAUGAAGGAGCACCUCACCCAACAAACUUUCAGCAUCGUCCAAGGCCAUUUGCGCACUUAUGGUGGAACGUGUACGGCACAGAUGGAGCCAUGUGCCAGAAGUUGGUUUUACGUUCUUGUGCGGAAGGGUAUUGUUGGCUUUUAAAAUGUAGCAGUUGAUUCGCUGCGUUUCUUACAUUCGCGCAUUUGCUCUAACCUUUACACGUGGCCUCGAUUUGGUUUCGAGGCUCACAGAACGCGCAGUGGGGCAUUCCCAGGAGUUCUCACAGAAUUAUGUCAGGUUGAUCAAGAGCAACCUUUAUUGGACAAUUUGGGCUCUGCGCCUUGCAAAUAAAGGAAUGCUGCUGUACAGAGC